ACUAGCGGUGAAUUUGGGGGUCAAGUACGCAUUUAUCUCUCAGCUGUUCAUACAUCAAUCCACAUGCCUUUCAAGGAUAUCUGGCAGAUUGCACAAUCCAAGACAAAGUGACAUUUUUGGAUGCCAAUCUGGCAGAUAAGUAUCAGGAUGUGGCCGAAUGUUUGAUGGAUCGCACGAUCGAAUCCUAUGUGGGAAUGCGUCUUGAGACAGCUCAAGGUGAGAUUGUUGGAAUCAUUGGGGUUAUCCAUGAUCGUCCAUUGACUGAACACGACGGAAGGGUUGUAAAGAUGAUCCUGGAUCAAGUUGGUAUUCGUGUUGCCAAUGAGCUGGAUCGAUUGAAGGUCGAGGCUAAUCUGAUUUAUGCUCGCGAUGUGGCUGAAUCGACUGCAAAGAACAAGACCAAGUUCUUGGCAGACAUGUCUCAUGAGAUCAGAAACCCAAUGAAUGCUGUCGUUGGAGUCACUGAUAUCCUUUUGGACACAGUAGGCCUUUCGGAGGAACAGACUAGCUAUAUUGAAGUCAUCCGAACGAGUGGACAACACUUGUUAACUGUCAUCAACGAUAUCUUGGACAUUUCUCGAAUCGAUCAAGAUGUCAAAUUUAUGCUUGAGAGAAGACCGCUCAGUCUACGCAAGUGUUUGAAAGAUGCGGUGAGUCUGGCAGGCCUAACACCUUUGCACGAUGUCUCGAGAUCAAUCAGUGUGAUUGAAUGGCCCCACGACAUGGAUGAUCUGGGUCCGUUCAGUGACAUUGGGGAGGAGACUAAUGUCUUGCCAUUGCUCUGGAGUAUUGAUCCAGAUGUACCAGAACACCUUUUGGGCGACAUCACUCGGCUUCGACAAGUCCUCAUCAAUCUUUGUACCAACUCGCUCAAGUUCACACAACGGGGACGUGUUUCGGUCCAUGUCUCGAUUCAUCAGCCUAAUAAUGUUCAACUUCCCAUCAUUCGACCAAAUUCCUCAUCUAUGGUGAUGAGAUCUUUGCCCAAUACAGGGCAACAUGGAUCAGGAAUAGGGGCAGGGCCUGGAAGCGUAGAUGGAGAUACGGCCUCAUUACCAACGUCACCCAUGUUACUUGGUAGCGACCAUAGAACACCGAUGGUUUUUCAACAGCGGUAUGAUGUCAAAGCAGCGGAGAGUAACAGUCAUAGUAGCAGCAUUCAAAUCAAAUCUGCAGCAGCAUCGACGCGUCGUCGUCAAGCAGAUAAGCAGCGUCACGUCCCGACUGCAGCCAUGGUAAUUGGAUCAUCUUCUAAUAGCAGUGCCAACCACAACAACCACAAUGACCAUCCUCAUCCUACUUCAAUGUCAUCCUACUCUUCUCCACUUUCCAGCGCAUCGGUCUCAGUUUCUGCAGCAGGACCACCAUCCAUGACUGUUAUGGCACCAACGGCUAAUUCAUUGCAUGAAGACAAGAUGGAUGAGAACACUGUGAUUCUAGAGUUUGCAGUAUCGGAUACAGGCGUGGGUAUUCCAGCUAACAAGAUCACAGAGCUGUUCAGAUCGUUCUCACAAGUCGAUAUCUCGGUCAGUACUCGGUUUGGUGGUACAGGACUGGGACUAGCUAUUAGUGCUAGUCUUGUAGAGAAGAUGGGAGGCAACAUCUGGGUCGAGAGUACGGAAGGCGUGGGUUCUCGAUUUACAUUCACUAUUCCAUUCACUGUCUGUCAGUCAUCCGAGACUGAGACUGAUCCGUCUUUAACUGCACCUUCAUCGCCUGCUUCUGGCCCUAUGCGAUAUGAUUCUGUCAAUCGAAGCAACAAUUUAGACUCUUUUUUGUUACCAGCCUCGGUUAGCAUGCCAACUGUUGCUUCUACCAUCUCUACAACAAUUAAUACAGCAACUACAGAUUUAUCAACGCCUGUGAUAUUAGAAUCGGCAUCAGGAUCAGCAUCAACAUCAGCAUCAACAUCAGCAUCAGUAUCAGUAUCAGGAUCAGCAUCCGAGGCAUGUAAAAACGUGGAUAUUCAGGAGUUCCCUAGCUUGAUCGUUAGUAAAGGUAUCUCGGAUAAAGCAGUAGGAAAGAAGAAGAUACCAUCUCCCAGUAUUACAUCAACAACUGUCAAGACGACACCGACUGACCUAACAAUAUCAAUAACAACAACAUCACCAUCAACAGCAUCACCAUCAACAGCAUCACCAUCAACAGCAUCACCAUCAACAGCAUCACCAUCAGCAUUACCAUCAGCAUCAAUAACAUCAGUAUCUGAAAACAUCAAUAUUACCGUUCCUGCUGCUACUAUUGUUGCUAGCAAACCAACCGGUAGCAUGAGCAUGACGCCCACAUAUGCUAAGGUGGUAGAAUCGAGUCUUAAGCCACUGGCGAUCGAUGGUCGACCACUCCGGAUUUUGCUUGCAGAAGACAAUGUUGUGAAUCAGAAGAUCGCAGUGGGUGUGUUGAAGAAACUUGGGUAUACAGACGUAGAUGUGGCAAAGAAUGGACUCGAGGUCAUUGACAAGUUAGAUGGUGGCUCCUCAUACGAUGUCAUCUUGAUGGAUGUAACUAUGCCAGUUAUGGAUGGGUUAGACGCUACAAAAACUAUUGUGGAAAGACGAAAACGUGGGUUACUGCUUCAAGCUGCAGCCGAGACUGUUACGGGUGUAGAGGUAGAAGGUGGAGUAGCUAGUACUUUGACAGGUUCGCAAAAGAAUGAGGAGGAAGGAAAGAAGGAAGGAGUCGUAACCAUUAGCAGUACAGAGGCGACUAUAACCUGCGAUACAACCUCCAUUACGGACAUUAGCACCAUCAAAGUUACUGAAAAACUCAAUAACUACAAGGACUUCUUGAAUGUUUAUGUGAUUGCUCUGACAGCUUCAGCCAUGGUGUCAGACAAGGAAAGAUGUAUGGAGGCGGGAAUGGAUGAUUUCAUGACCAAGCCUUUUGCACUCCUGGAGAUGAAACGUGUACUGAAUGAGUUUAUUCAGAGACGGAAUAAUGGUGCAAUCCAAACCAGGAAUGAGAUCUGUCUCGCAGCCGCUACAUUGGCUCUAAAGACUAGUCGGUGCAAUUCUCCAGGUUGUCAAGCAGGGCUCUUCUUAAGAGAGAAUGGUAUGACGGCGAUGUCAGGAAGUGGUCGGUCUUUGACUCCGACUUUAGGACGAUCUUCUAGUAAUACCAGUUCAUCAACGAGUCUAGUGGAUUUUGGUACUAUUCCUAAUGCGCCUACCGAAUGCACAGGCUGCGGUGGAAUACUUCCUGGUCUUGGAGAAGAUGUUCAAGGAGGUCAUGAGAACAGCUUGAAUGGAUCUACUCACAAUGGUCAUGGUACAAUUAACGGAGGAUUAAAUGGUCUUGCAUCCUCUUCAUCGCCUAGCUCUGCAUCCCAGAGCCGCUUCAAUUGUCGCAUGGAUGCGCCACGUCCCCUUCGACGGAACCUUGAAAGUCUUGCUUGCAGUCUAUUUACAGGGAGGCGAUCCCAUAGCGACACUGUCGCUACUGUUGCCACUGUCAAUAACAAUAGCAGCAACGGUAACAAUAGUAACAGCAGCAGUGGCGCUAUUAUAAGCGUCUCUGGACUUCCGGGGGGAUCAUUGGGUGGGAUGGUCAUGAAUGGAGUGAGUCCCUCGCGACGACCAUCGGAUAUGUUGUCGUUUCCAAGGCGCGACUGGCGGUCGUCAGGGUUGGGUAUGAGUAAUAACCACAAUGGUUUUGUGAACGGUAUUCAGGAUGUUCACCCCCUAGACACCAGUGAUUCUGAUCACCAUGAACACACUCAAUACCACCAGCAACAGGCACUUCCAACGCACCUACGUGUCAAGAGGGUCCUAUCUCCUAGUAAUUUGUCCAAAGAACAAGAGCCAAUGAGCCAGACUCCAACUCCGAUUCCAGCUGGCAGUAAUAGCAUCAACACAUGUAGGCCAAUGCCUUCACCUCUUAGUCCUCUGAGUCUAUUGACGACUGAUACUAUGGACUCAUCCUCGUCAAUCUCACCUCCGCUCUCGUCUGCUUCUUCCCCAAUUGAGUCAGAAUCAGUUGGACGAUCUUCCAAUGAAUCUUCCUCUUCAUCAUCAUCAUCUCGCUCUUCAACUUCAGUAGCAGAUUCAUCGAUAUCCUCCUCUUCCAAGGACACUACCACUACAGCGUAUUUCUCUGUUCGAUCUAGUCUGGACGAUACUUUGAUGGACAAUAUUAUUAGUAAUAGUGGUAAUAAUGAUAUCGAUAGCAACGGCAGUGGUACCAAUACUUCCAAUAUGAUCACAACGGAGAGUACGACAACAGCCACGGCGACGAUGACGAAGGCAGUAACAACGGCCAAGCAGGCUUCCGUGAUGGCUUGAUGGGCAUGAUAUCGUCUUUCUUUUCUUCCCUUUCAUUUUAAUCAUCCUCGUCAGCUACAACAACCGUAAGAACAGGAAACAAACCGUAGUGAAUGCUAUUGGCAUAUUUAUUCAUACCUGUAUUUCAUAAGGAGCAUUAUUUUGAACUUUGGAUCGAUAUUGUGGAGAGAAAGGAAGGGGUUACGGUAAAGCGAACCCCGUUUAAAUAAUCAUCAAUCAACUUUUGUCAAUUUUUAUUUUUAUUAUUAUUAUUAUUAUUAUUAUUAUUAUUAUUAUUAUUAUUAUUACUCAUAC